UCUCUCUCCCUCCCGCCGUAUCCCACUUCUCUCCCCCCUCACUCUCCCCACCUCUCCUCCCCUCUUCUCCUUCUCUGUUUAUUUUUGGGGUGCCGUGUCUUUUCUUUUUUCUUUGCUUUUAGCCUGAUCGACAGCAAUUGCAUUUUUACCUACCCAUAUCUAUUUAUUCUUCCGUCUUGUUUCUCCUCCACAUUCUUCCUCUCCCACUUAUUCCUAAGCCCAAUUGCCCUGCUAUUGGCGCAGUUCUUCAUCGGCUGAUCGUACGUCGCACUCGUUGAGCAGCGACUACUUGGCAACCCCCGGCGGCUCUUUUUUUUUCUUUCUUGAGCCCCCGUGCUACCCUUCGAACACCCACUCCACCUAUCUGGUUUUACGGUCAAUCGAACAAUGGCUACCGAUUUGUCGAACGUCAACGGUGGCGCCCCUAAAUCCCGGGCUGCCAUGCUCGAGGAACAGCAUGCUCGCGACGAGGCACACAAGCCCACCGUCGAAGACGUGCCCGAUGAAGAUGAUCUCCAGCACCCCCCGCCGUCCUCGGUGAAGCCCGAAACUCCGUCGCAGGCACCAGCUCCCGCUGCCGCUCCCGCCGCCCCGAAACCCGCUCCCAAGAAGGCACCCGCAUUCGAUGUCCAGUCCGAGGAAUUGUUCCCUGCCCUGGGAAGCGGUCCCAAGCCUAAGGUUCCGACUGCUUCUGCCUGGGGUGCUAAAGGACCUUCCGCUGCCGCUGUCGCUAACGGUGCCCCCAGCGGUGCGCAAGCAGCUCCAGGCCUCGAUAUCCCAAGAAUCAUGAGUCUCCCCGGAAAGCACAUGGAACAGCUGCGUCUGGUUCCGUCCCAGAUGCUCCCCCGCGGUCAACUGAAGAAGCCCCUUCGUGAUAUUCUGCGUGAUAUUUCCAAGCGGUCUAAGGCCAACGUUGACAUGCGCGGCGGACCUGGAGGCUCUAUAAUCUUUGAGGGUAAGGGUUCAGUGGAUGCUGUGAGACAAGCCCUCAAAGAGGUGGCGCAGCAGGUUGGAUCUAAGCAAUCCGUCCGUGUUCCGAUCCCCACCUCUGCUCGCCCUCACAUCAUCGGUCGCCAAGGAACGGUUGUUCAGGACAUCCAACAGCGGACCGGCGCGCGCGUGCAAGUCCCCCGUGCCGAGGACCCUGCUGCCGGCGAGGAUGAUGAUGACACCGACACGAUCGAUGUUCUGAUCGAAGGUGACGCCGUUGCUGCCGAAAUGGCUCGCCGAGAGAUCGAGGCCAUCGUGAAGGAGCGAGCUGCCAACAUGAGCCUGCGACUCAAGACUAUCCCGCCCGAAUUCUUCCCCUUCAUUGCGGGUGCCCACAACGCCAACCUUCGAAACAUCGAGGAGCGUACGAAAGCCCAGGUCCACGUACCUCGCUAUGACACCUGGCUUAGUCAGCCUCCACCCCAGGAGGCCGAGCCGGGUCAGGUCCAGUUCGUCCCGGUCCCCGAGAAGAACAUUCACAUCUCCGGAGAGCGUGCUGCUGUACAGGAAGCCCGUGCUGAAGUUGAGAGACUCGCCGCCGAUUUGCAACGCCGAUUGGCCCUGCGGCAAUUGGCGAUCAACCGCGGUCAGCAUCAGUUCAUCCUUGGCGAUAACGCCGAUGCGCUGCACGAAUUCCUUGCCGACACCGGGUGUGCCAUCGUGUUGCCCCCCGCCUCCGACGAGAGCGAAUUCCUCACCAUCACCGGCCCCCUCGAUAGGAUCGAAAGUGGAAUCAACCGCGCCAUGGACCUCGCCACCAGCAUGCAGAUGGCCAGCAUCGACUUGUCUCGUCAGCACCUGAACGCGCCCGCAGGAGCCAGUGCCCACGCUCGUGCUCUCACUCGGUACCUCCGACAGCGGCAAAUCAUCAAGGAGCUGGAGAGCAUGUACGAUGCCCGUAUCGCGCUUCCCCCAAGCUCUGACGGACCUGUUACCUGGGAGGUGUACUCCAGAGAUGGCAAGAACACCAUCCGUGCCCGAUCAGACAUCAUGAACCUUGUCCAAGCGCACCCUCCGGCUCGUAUCCGUUACAUCUCCGUUGACCCUUACUUCCACCCUUAUCUGCGCUCGCGCAGCAUCGCCAAGUUGCGCAGCGACUACGGCGUGCACCUUCUGGUUCCCGAAGAGAUCGACAGCUCUGAUGUCGUUCUCGUUUACGAGGGCCCUUCGGCGGCUGCCGCUCAGGCCGAGGUUUCGCGCCAACGCCCCUCCGUGGCCGAAAUCACCGCUUUCGAGAAGGCUCUUGAGGAAGCCCAGGCCUACCUUUUGAGCACAUUGGGUGACCAGAACGACGUGGUUGCCAAGUCCGUCAAUGUCCCCGGCAAAUACCAGGAUAAGGUGCGCAAGUUCAUCGUUCGUGACCAGCAGGCCAAGGGCGAGGACCAGAUUCCGAUUCGCGCCAUUGUCGGUGAUACGAAGGCUGCCCGAGACUGCGAGGUUUCUCUGCGCGGUCCUUCCAGCACCGUUGAGGAUUUGAUCUCCAGCCUGCAAGCGUUCGUUGUGGAGCAGGAGAAGGACGAUCUCGAGCGCGGCUACACCACAACUUUUGACUUCCCCCAGAAAUAUGCCAACUUCCUCAUCGGCAAGAAGGGUGAAAACAUCAACAAGCUGCGCGAUGAGUUCGAUGUUGACAUUAAGGUGGAAAAUGGCAAGGUUGAGGUGAAGGGCCCCAAGGCCAAGGCCGAUGCCGCCCGGAUUAGAAUCAUCAACUUGGGCAAGAAGCUGGAAGACGAGACAACUCACAUUCUCAAAAUUCCUGCCCAAUACCACCGCGAACUGAUUGGACAGAAGGGCAGCCAGGUCAACCGGCUCCAGGACCGCUAUGCUGUCCGCGUCCAGUUCCCCCGGGCUGCCGUUGCCGACGAUGAGACCUCCAGCGAGGCUGGCCGCCCCAGCCGUCCCCAACAGGCUGCUGAUGAAGUCCUUGUGAAGGGUCCCAGCAAGGGUGCCGACUCGGCUCGCGAUGAGAUUCUCAGCCUGUUGCAGUGGGUUAUCGACCACUCUUUCUCGGCCACCGUUUCCGUAGCCCAGUCUCAGAUUCCAUCUCUGAUCGGUCAGCGUGGCCGAGAGAUGGACAAGCUGCGUGCCGAUACCGAGGCCCAGAUCGACGUCCCCGGCGCCAACGAUGCGCCCGACGCCUCGGGUCGCGUUCAGAUCAAGAUCAAGGGUACCAAGAAGCAGGUCGAGGAAGCCAAGAAAAUCCUGCAACAACGCUCCAACCAGUUUGACGCCAUUGUGACCAAGACCAUCGAAGUCGACAAGAAGCACCACAAGUCCCUUAUCGGCGGUGGAGGUGCCAACAUUCGCAAGAUUGUUUCCGAUGCUGGCGGACCUACUGACGGCAGCGCUUCUCGUAUGGUCAGGUUCCCCCGCCCGGAGAGCAGUGACGCCGCGAUCAAACUUGAAGGCGAGGGCCAAAUCGUUGACAACAUCAUCGCUGCCAUCCAAGAGUUCGUCAAGGAGCGUGAGGACCAGGUGACUGCCAGCAUCGACGUUCCUCAAAUCCAGCACCGGCUGCUCAUCGGCCGCGGCGGUGACACCCGCCGGGAUAUCGAAUCGAAGUUCAACAUCACUCUGGAUAUUCCCAAGCAAGGCUCCGGACGCACCGAGAUCAAGAUCAAGGGUCCUAGCAACGCCGUUGGCGAAGCGAAGGAGCACAUCCUUGCCAUGCUCAAGGACCAACAGGGUGAGACGGUCCAGGUUCCCCGUCACCUUCACCACACCGUCGCCGACAACGGCGCCUUCUUCCGUCGUCUCCGCAACGACUACAAGGUCACCGUCGACCACGCUGGCCAGCAGGUGCCCGCCAAACCCGUCGUCGAGGACUCCCGCGCAGCCGUCAACGGCGGCUCUUCCCUUCCUCUGAUCACCGACGAGCCCAGCGAAUCCGUCGAGGCUCACUCGUGGAAGGUCGUCGACAACAGCCCCGCUGCUGUCGCCGCCGACCCUACCCAGCCCGCCACCAUCCCCUGGGUACUCGCGGGUACCGGCGACAACGUCUCGCGCGCGAAGGCCGCCCUCGAGAAGGCCCUCGCCGCCGCCUCCCAGCAAUCCGCCACCGGCUACCUGAUCCUCCCCGACCCCAAGACCUACCGCUUCGUCGUCGGCCAGGGUGGCAGCCAGAUCAACGCCAUCCGGAAACAGACCGGCUGCCGCAUCAACGUUCCCAAGGACCAAGCCAAGGGCGAGGCCAUCGAGAUCAAGGGCGGCAAGGAGAACCUCGAGGAAGCCAAGGAUAUGAUCCUGGAGGCUGUCCGUGCCGGCCUGGAGGGUUCCUCCCGGUAAAUGACGAAGUCGGGUGCGAAGGCAAGAAAAGAAGCAUUAUAAUGAUUUUUCUUAAAAAAAUGGGGGGAAAGUAAUUUGACCUCCUUUGCCCUUUUCUCCUAUUCUUUUCUUUUUAUUUUCAUUUUCAUUUUCCCUAUUUCGAUUUUUUAUUAUAUGGCAUCGAGGUGGUGAUUCCAACCCAACCCGGUUUGCAUUUCUUUUUAUUUAUCUUUUCAAGAUCGGCACCUUAUCUACUUACCUCUUUACUCUCAAAACUUCUCUUCUCAUGUUUGUUUUAUUGAGUUUUUUGUUGAAUAAAAAAGACUGUUGUAUAGCUCUUUCUGUCUCCGUUUACUGCCAUUUAGCAUCCGAAGCUUGGAUAUUUUGUGAUUUACAUAGUCCGUAUCAUAGGCAUAUUUAAAUCUUUAAAAAC